GCGGCAACUAACGAAACUGAAGAUAUAAAACCAUGGCUUUCGAGAACGGGACUGCGAACAUGCCCUCGGCUGCUCGCAAGACGUGGUUCUCCCUUACUUUCCUCGUUGUGCGGUGCUUUGGGGCUUUUUUCGAUGAUAUAUCAGUUCUUCCCCAAGACUGCUAUGAUUUCGUCGUUAUUGGCGGAGGCACAGCAGGACUAGUGGUCGCAAAUAGACUCAGCGAGAAUCCUAAAGUUUCGGUUCUUGUCAUUGAAGCCGGUGCUUCAAACAAAGACGUAUUAGAUAUCAAAGUACCAUUUUAUUCCACACGCGUCUCUUCUCGAACUUUAUACGAUUGGAACUACACAACAGUGCCCCAGGCUCAACUCAACGGCAGGUCAAUAGACUACACCCGUGGACAUGUAUUAGGAGGGUGUAGCAGCACCAACUUCAUGAUUUACACUCGUGGAUCCUCAGAAGAUUACGAUCGCAUCGCCGAAGUUACCAGAGACCAAGGCUGGUCAUGGCACAAUCUUCAACCAUUCAUUCUUCGCAACGAAAUUGUAACCCCACCAGCUGAUCACCACAACACCCAAGGCCAAUACACUCCUGCAGUACAUGGUCAUUCAGGAGUGAAUUCGAAUAGUCUUCCCGGGUUUGCAACGCCAAUGGACGAACGCAUCAUGCGAAGCACCCAAGAACACCCAAAAGAGUUUCCCUUCAAUGAAGAUUAUAACAGUGGCUUCCAACUCGGAAUAGGGUGGGGAAUGGCUACUAUUCUGAACGGAGAGCGAAGUAGCUCAGCUACCUCAUAUCUCGCACCGAAGUACGCUGCACGGCCCAAUCUGCACGUCGUUCUCAAUUCCCGGGUUACUCGUGUUCUAGCUUCGAGCAAGACGUCUUCACGAUCCUCUAUCACGAGUGAUUACUCUACGAGAGGGAGAACAUCCAAGCUCGUGUCGAUAGACACCGUAGAAGUCGCGACGGCCGCUGACGGUCCUAGGAAGUUCAUUACAGCUAGGAAAGAGAUUGUACUCUCCGCUGGCUCCAUUGGGUCUCCACAGAUCCUGAUGAACUCUGGAAUAGGCGAUUUCGAUGCCUUGACGAAGCUUGGCGUCGAGUCUAUCCUCAAUAAUCCUUCAGUUGGUCAGAAUUUGAGCGACCACCCAGUAGUAGGUAAUACAUGGUUUGUCAACGAAACAGAAACUUGGGAAAAACUCGUCCGCAACGAUACUUUCGCUGAGGAGGCGUUGCAACUGUGGAGGACGAAACGCCAGGGUCCCCUCGUGAAUACGGUGACCACACAGCUAGGGUGGCUUCGCAUACCUGAUAAUUCGGGUGCAUUCAAAGAGCACCCGGAUGAUCCUGCGGCAGGUCCGAAUACUGCUCAUUACGAAUUUGUUUUUGCUAAUGGCAUGAGAGGCAAACUGCCAACUGAGGGCAACUUUGUGACAAUAUCUACUGUUGUUGCAUCACCCGCCUCUCGGGGUUCUGUUCAGUUGCGUUCUGGCGACCCCUUCGAUGACCCCCUCAUUGACCCCAAUUUCUACGGUUCCAAGUUCGACAUGACCGUAAUGAAAGAGGCAAUCUACGCUGCCCGUCACUUUACUGCUGCCAAAGCGUGGGAGGGCUAUAUCCUCAAGCCUUAUUUCAGCGCCACAAAGGAGGCGGAGAUCGAGGACAUGAUUCGCGAUACCACUCGGACGAUUUCCCAUCCUGUUGGAACGGCUGCUAUGAGCGCGAAGAGUGCUGAUUAUGGUGUUGUUGAUCCUGAUCUGAGGGUGAAAGGGAUCCAAUCGGGCCUUCGCGUCAUUGAUGGUUCAGUCUUUCCAUAUAUACCUGCUGGUCAUACACAGGCUCCUGUCUAUAUCAUAGCUGAACGAGGAUCGCAGUUAAUGAAGGAUGCAUGGGGGCUUUGA